CUCCGACUGUGCUGGACUCCUUCUCUCGACUCACUUAUUGAAUUUGCUUUCUCUUCCUUCGUAAAGCUCGUCAGUUUCGUGGAAGCCUGUAUGAACCACUUCAGAGCUUGUAUUAGAUCCAUUGGUCAUCUACGACAGCUGAAUCCUCCUGCAAUACUUUCUGCGUCCUCUCCAUCUAUCCGUCCUACGAUCCGGUCAGCAUUCAUACAACGUACAAUGGCAGCCGCAGUGGCCAAGCGCCUUGAGGGCAAGACUAUUGUCAUUACUGGAGCUUCAUCUGGUAUUGGCAAGAGCACAGCCAAAGAGUUUGCCCGUACUUCCCCUAAGAAUCUUAAGCUUAUCCUGGCCGCGAGACGCAUCGACAGCCUGAAGCAGCUUGCCGAGGAGAUCAAGGAGGAGGUUGGUGAGGGGGUCAAGGUGUUACCAGUCAAGCUGGAUGUGAGCAAUCCCGCAGAUAUCAAAAACUUUGUUCCGUCUCUGCCAGCCGAGUUCCAGGACAUCGAUGUUCUGGUCAACAACGCUGGGCUUGUCAAAGGUGUUGCACAGGCACCCGAUAUCGCACCCGAGGACAUCGAUGUUAUGUUUUCUACUAAUGUUACUGGGUUGAUCAGCAUGACCCAGGCCAUCCUUCCCAUCUUCAAGAAGAGAGCUGAUGGCGGCCGUGGAGACAUCAUCAACAUUGGAAGCAUUGCUGGACGUGAACCAUAUAUUGGUGGUAGUAUUUACUGCUCAACUAAAGCCGCAGUCAAGUCCUUCACGGAAGCACUGAGAAAGGAGCUUAUUUCAACAAGGAUCAGGGUCAUCGAGAUUGAUCCAGGCCAGGUGGAGACGGAGUUCUCGAUCAUCCGGUACUACGGAGAUAAACAGAAGGCGGAUGCAGUCUAUGCAAACUGCGAGCCUCUCACACCCGAGGAUAUUGCUGAAGUUAUCGUCUUCGCUGCAGGACGCAGGGAAAAUGUUGUGAUUGCUGACACACUGAUCUUCCCUAACCACCAAGCAUCUCCAACCCAUCUGCACCGCAGAUCGUAGAUUUCCAACACGCGAUUUACAAAUUGCUACGUGGGGCACAUACGUCAUGUACAUUUGCAUCGGAAUAAAUGGCAUGGGUGGAUGUCGAUCAGGACUGCAAAUAGUAGACUGAUAUUGUUAAUGGAUAGGCAUAUGUAUGGUCGUAUUACCAACUAGGCAUGCCUGUGCUGUGAGAUAGGUAGCGAGGGCAGUCUAGGACGGCAGAACCUCACGUGGUACUACCAAUUGUCGUGCUCAAGCAAGCUUUGGAAUCGACCUUGUGGCCACUGUAUAUAGAUGGUUGAGUAUUCUGACACGCCCCGCACGCUGUGUAUAACAGUGACGGGAAUAAAUAAUGGAACAUCUCUCUGUGGAUGUGUCUAACUAAUGCUGCG